AUGACAACUAUCCUGCUGAGAAUAUUGCUAUUAUACAAGCUCCUCACCUCAAUCUUCCUUUACUUGGUCCCCAAGAAGCUGAGGACUUACCUCCCACCUUCUUGGUACCACCACCAAUACCAAUACCCACCACAACCACAACAUAAUCACCACCACCAACAACAACAACAAAUCCCGAAACGAGUAAUGGACCCGGACGAGCUCAAACGCGUGUUCCAAAUGUUCGACCGGAACGGAGAUGGAUGGAUCACGAGGGACGAGCUAAGCGGGUCUCUCGAGAAUAUGGGCAUUUUCAUCCCGGACGAUGAGCUGGCACUGAUGAUCGGCAAGAUCGACGCCAACGGGGACGGGUGUGUCGACAUGGACGAGUUCGAGGCCUUGUACCGGAACAUAAUAACUGGCGAACGGGACACGGAUGGGGAGGAGGACAUGAGGGAGGCCUUUAACGUGUUUGAUCUUAAUGGAGACGGGUUCAUAACGGCGGACGAGCUGAGGUCGGUGCUGGCUGGGCUGGGGCUCGAGCAAGGGAGGGCUGCUGAGGACUGUAGGAAGAUGAUUAUGAAGGUGGAUGCUGAUGGGGAUGGGAUGGUUGAUUUUUCCGAGUUCAAGCGGAUGAUGAGAGGGGGAGGUUUUGCGGCCUUGGGGAAUUGA